GUCCUUGGUUCCACGCGUUACACUUAUGCUUUUAUGAUACCUAGACCUAGUAUUUAAAUCUCCAGCUAAUCUCUAUUUUUUCUCUCUCUAUUUUUCUCUCUCCUCUUAUAUAUAUAUAUGGCAUGCACAAAAUAUAUAUUUGUUUCUUUCUCUCUCUACAAUUUCUCGCUCUAAUUCCAGCCGUAUUCUCCUCAAAAAAAGAGAGAAAAAAUCCGAACCGACGCUGCGUUUUGGACCAAAUUCGUGAAAUUCUUUCCGUAGAGUGAACGGAAAUUAGCGGAAUUUAGGAAUUAAAGCAGGAAAGUUUUGCUUUGUUGAUUAAAGGUGACUGAAUUUGCCUUCUGAAAGUGUUUGAACAAGGGUUAACACACAUAUAUAUACACACACAUAUAUAUACAUACAUAGGUAGGAAUAAGAUUUGAGGGAAGAGGAUGAUAGGAGAAAUAGCGUAUAGAAAAGAGGAAGAGAAGGAAGAGGAGGUGGAAGAGAAAAUGAUGUCGGCGCAGAGGAAAUACACGGCGGCGAUGGUGGGCGGUGGGUUUCCGCCGGCGAUGAAAGUGGUGGUUGUGGGAUAUGCUCUUACUUCUAAGAAGAUCAAGAGCUUUUUGCAGCCCAAAUUUGAACGCCUAGCUAGGAAUAAGGGAAUUUUGUUUGUUGCUAUUGAUCAAAGCAGACCCCUUUCAGAUCAAGGUCCUUUCGACAUUGUGUUACACAAGUUAUCUGGAAAGGAAUGGCGAAGAGUACUUGAGGAUUACCGGAAUGCGCACCCCGAGGUCACAGUUCUUGAUCCUCCCGAUGCCAUACAACAAGUGUACAAUCGGCAGUCUAUGCUUCAAGACGUUGCCGAUCUUAAUCUGUCAGACCCCUAUGGAACAGUUGGUGUCCCAAAACAGUUGGUUAUCGAGAAAGAUCCAUCGUCGAUUCAUCGUGCAGUGAACAAAGCUGGGCUUAGGUUACCUCUAGUGGCAAAGCCUUUGGUUGCAAAGUCACAUGAGCUGUCUCUCGCCUAUGACGAGUUCUCCCUCCAGAAGCUGGAGCCCCCACUUGUUUUGCAGGAAUUCAUCAAUCACGGAGGUGUGCUCUUCAAAGUUUACAUUGUCGGUGAAGCGAUAAAGGUGGUGAGGCGAUUCUCCUUGCCCGAUGAGCAACGCGAACUAUCAAAGAGUGUGGGUUUAUCGAUUUCUAGAGUGUCUUGUGCUGCUGCAUCUGCUGACGAAGCACACUCGAUCCUUGUGUUGUGGUGAGCUUAUUAUACUAAAUCAGCACAUCGAUGUUUUUAAUUGCAAUUUUGUUUCUUUGAGCUUCGCUAGAUUGAUUUCUGUGUACUGCAAAAUAAUUUUCGAAGGGAUCUUAUAUUUUUAAUUUGUUUUCUCCCACCUGCAGAGCUUCCGCCACGACCGUUACUCGAAAGACUGGCUAGGGAACUGCGGCGACGAUUGGGUCUCCGUCUGUUCAACUUGGAUAUAAUUCGUGAGCAUGGAAGUCGAGACCGCUAUUAUGUCAUAGAUAUUAACUAUUUUCCAGGUUACGGGAAAAUGCCAGAAUAUGAGCAUAUAUUCACAGAUUUCCUACUGAGCCUGGUAAAAAGCAAAUAGAGAGAGGCAAAGCCCGACGAAGCUUAUGAUGUCACGUGAAGUGAAACUCGGCAAAACAGAAGAAAACAAACGGGCAGGAUCCUGGAUUGUAUCACAAUGCACCAUUUCGCACUGGAGGCUAAAGCAUAGCCCGAUUCUAUAUGCCGUUGCAAUAACUUUUUACUGUUUCGGAGGCAAUUAAUCGUCUGGAACAAGUCUGAUUCGUGAUCUUGGGAGAAAGCCCUUUUUUUUUUUUUCCUGUUCAUAUUCCCUUUCUGAAUAUUGCUAGUUUUCAUGUACGAACCGAACCUUUCUGCACAAAAACAUUUUGUUGUCACUUAGUUGACUUUUGUAUAUACCUCCUGGUUAAACAUGUACAAAUCUCUCCUGCCCGACUAAUUCACAUUUUUUUUAUCGUCCA